CAUGGUUGAUACAGUCGGGGAGGACGAGCUCCUGAGAGGCUUACCUCAGGGCAAACUAUUUCAAUCAUUCUUGGCCUUCAUUGGUCAGCUGUAAGCGACGUCAUAGGUUUGCUACUCUGAGGAAGCGGGAACCCCAACCAUCAUCCUCGACUGGAUCUGUCUCCACGCUGGCCUCCCUCUGAUUGAAAAAAUCUAAAGCUUCACAGAUGGCUUGUGAGAAAGAAAUAUGGCAAAAGCUUGGAGAGGGCUUUGUCCAAGAAUAUUACAACCAGUUUGACAAUACCAACAGGUCGGGACUGGGUAACCUAUAUUCUGCUGACGCCUGUUUGACGUGGGAAGGUUCACCUUUUCAGGGCAGAGAAGCCAUCACUGGCAAAUUGGCAAACUUGCCUUUCAAGCGUAUUAAGCACAUUAUCACAGAACAAGACUUCCAACCCACGAUAGAUAGUUGUAUCCUCAUCAUGGUGUUCGGACAGUUACAGGUAGAUGAUGAUCCACCAAUGGCCUUCCAUCAAGUGUUCAUGCUGAAGUCCCAAAACUGUGCAUGGGCAUGCACAAAUGAUGUGUUCCGGUUGGGGAUACACAACAUACCAGUGUAGCGAUCUGGACUUGUCAGUUCACACACAUUGACAUCUAGCUCAGAGUUUGUACUACGGUCAUGCUGUCAUUAAAAACACAAGGGAUUAAUGUAAAUAUUCCUCCAUGUUUACAAUACAUCUAUAAGCAUGCUACUUGUAUUGAUUAUGUCAUGUCAAAUUGCAUUCCUGUCCAAUAAAAUGAUUUAUUAGUCUGA